CUGCUGGACAACAUUUACACUUAAGUAGUGAUAUGAAAAGCAACGUUUCAGUUGCUGCACAACAGGGAGUUUACUUUAAUCAGCAGCAACAACAACAACAUCAACAGCAACAAAAUGCGCAAAAUGCACAACAGCAACAACAGACGCAAGGACAUCCAGGUGGUAACAAUAUACCACAUGGACAACAACAGCAGCAACAAAAUCCAAAUAUGAACAACACAAAUGGUCCUAGUGAUGUUUUCUCCAUGUCUCAAACACAAACAAUGAACUUUUCGCAACAACAACAGCAGCAGCAACAACAACAACAAGUUCCACCAAAUAUGCGUCAAAGACAAACACAAACACAAGCACAAGCAGCAGCAGCGGCGGCAGCAGCAGCAGCUGCUGCAGCACAAGCUGCUGCUUCAAAUGCUGCAGGCGGCAAUGGCGCAGGACCAAAUAAUAUGGGUCCUAAUAGUGCUAACAAUACCGUACCAAAUGGUCCACCUGGUUUAAUGAAUCCAGCACAGAACUCUGUUGGAGGUGGUCCAGUUGGAGGUCCAAAUUCUAUGAACACCAUGUCUGGUGGUCCUGCUGGUAUGGGUAGCAUGCCUGGUAUGGGUGUUCCAAACCAAAUGGGUGGUGCAGGUAUGACUGGUGCAGGUAUGGCUGGUAUGGUGCCACCAAAUGCUAUGAAUCCAAAUGCUGGACCUGGUGGUCCAAAUGCUGCUAUGAUGAUGGGCGCUAAUGGUGGUCCGCCAAUGAAUAUGAAUCAAGCUAAAUUUUUGCAACAACAACAACAAAUGCUGCGCGCACAAGCUAUGCAACAGCAACAACAACAUUUAAGUGGUGCACGCCCACCACCGCCCGAAUACAAAGCUACACAAGCGCAGCUUAUGCAAGCGCAAAUGAUGCAACAAACUGUUGGCGGCGGUGGUCGUUUUCCAAAUGCAGCCGCUCAAGCAGCAGCUAUGAGACGUAUGACGCAACAGCCUAUACCGCCCUCAGGUCCCAUGAUGCGUCCACAACAUUCAAUGUAUAUGCAACAUUCCGGUGCUGGCGGUCCACGUUCAGCUAUGGGCCCGUAUGGUGGACCAAUGGGUCCAGGUGGUCCACAACAACGGCCGCCAAAUGUACAAGUAACACCAGACGGUAUGCCAAUUGGCUCACAGCAAGAGUGGCGUCAUAUGAUGAUGUCACAACAGCAACAAAUGGACUUUGGUGGUGGUCCUGGCCCCGGUGCUGGACCCAUGCGUCAAGGUCCGGCUGGUUUUAAUGGUGGUUUUAUGUCCAACUCCGCUGGUGGUCCUAUGUCAAAUGGUCCUAAUGGUGGUGCUGGCGGUAUGGUUGGUCCGAAUUCGAGCAUGCAAAUGACACCCGCACAACUGCAACAACAAUUGAUGCGUCAACAACAAAUGUUGCGUCAACAGCAAAUGCAAUCACAACAAAUGUUAGCAAAUUCAACUGCUGGCAAUGCUGGCUCAAAUGCUGCUAAUAUGCAAAUGCAACAAAUGCUACAACAGCAGCAUACACAACAGCAGCAGCAGCAACAACAACAACAGCAGCAGCAGCAGCUACACCAACAACAACAGAGUGGUGUGGUGGGUCCCGGCGCUGGGCCCGGCCCUGCCAACAAUACGAUGAUGACACAAAUGCAAAUGGCAACAAUGCACAUGACACAACAGCAACAACAAUUAACAAUGCAACAACAACAGUUCGUACAACAAACAACAGCCACUGGUACAACAACAACAACACAUCAACAGCACACACAACAAAUGCUGCAAAUGCAACAGGGUACCGGUCCCACCGGGCCAAUACCCAAUCAGGCAGCUCUCAAUAGCGGUAACAAUAGUAAUGGCAAUAACAACAAUGUUGCCGGCAAUAAUGUUGCGGCUGGAAAUAAUGCACCAAAUGCAGCCACUGCCAAUUCCAUUAAUCAAACCAUCAAUUCUGUUGUCGCUAGCUCAAAUGAUUUAUGUCUCGAAUUUUUGGAUAAUUUACCCGUUGAUGGUGGCAACUUCUCCACGCAAGAUUUGAUCAAUUCAUUAGAUAAUGAUAAUUUUAAUAUACAAGAUAUAUUGCAAUAAGUAUCUUUAUACUAGAAUUUAUCUAUACAGCAUAGAUUGCUCUGGGGGGUUAGUAGGGGAGUUACAUGAAUUACAUCCAUUCAUGUAAAUUUUUUUUAAAGGUUGUUUUCGUUUUAUUGUUGUUGAAUUUGCCACACUGUUUUUUGUAUUUAUGAAUUUUAAAUAUAUUUUUAUAUUAUUUCUCUUGUAUAUUUGUCCAUAUAAACGAAUUUGUGUUGAACGUCUUUGUCUCGGUAUUUUGUAAUUUGAAAUGUUGCGUCAAUUUUAACAUUCCAAUUUAAAUUUAUUGUACAA